UUGUCCCUGCAAGGGAUCCGUAGCGGAAGUGAACAGAGGCUCCCAGCUUGACAGAAGUGGUGGUCGGGCUCACACACACACACACCGACAGGAUGGCGCUGGAACUGCAGGCCGUGGUGAUGGCGGUGGGCGGAGGCUCGCGAAUGAGCGACCUCACCAGUAGUAUCCCGAAGGCCCUCCUCCCGGUGGGGAACAAACCUCUGCUGUGGUAUCCGCUGAACAUGCUGGAACGCGCCGGAUUCGAGGAGGUGAUUUUGGUGACCACGCGGGAGGUUCAGAAGUGUGUUCCCGAUGUGAAGAUGAAGGUGGAUGUUGUGUGUCUGCCGGAGGACAAAGCCCUGGAAAUGGGGACGGCCGAUUCCCUGCGCUAUAUCCACUCCAAGAUCAAGGUGAGAGACCCCGUGUGCAGCCAUGUGUCCGUCCAUG